GCCUUCCCGCAGCCCCCACGCCGCGGGGCGGGACCCGCCGUGCCGCGCUCCCUCCCGCCGCCGCCGCCGCCGCCCACUUCCUGGUUCCUCCCGGCGCCCGAGCUCAGCGGAAGAAGUGCAGGCUAAAAGUCAAGGAAUGAAGCACAGAGAGGCUGAGUGACUUGUGAAGGGGGAGGACUGCAGCAGAAGCAGGUGAUGGUCAAAUCCUGUGUUAGACCACCUGAGUGAAAAGAUGCAAGUAUGGACAUAACAGCCUAUGAUGAUUACUCCAGUCCACCACUUCAGAGAUAUUGAAAGGAAACCUGAAUACCUGCAGCCAGAAAAGUGUGUUCCACCUCCUAGCCACGCUUCCCUGGGAACAAUGUGGUUUAUUCGAGAUGGCUGUGGUAUUGCAUGUGCUGUCGUUACCUGGAUGCUGGUGUUCUAUGCCGACUUUGUAGUCCUUCUUGUCAUGCUAGUUCCAUCAAGAGAUUAUGUUUAUAGUGUCAUCAAUGGCACACUGUUCAACACCUUGGCUUUCCUCGCUUUGGCUUCACAUUUUCGUGCUAUGCUGACAGAUCCAGGUGCUGUACCCAAAGGUAAUGCCACAAAGGAGUUCAUCGAGAGUUUACAGCUAAAGCCAGGACAGGUGGUUUACAAGUGCCCAAAAUGUUGUAGCAUCAAACCUGACAGAGCACAUCAUUGCAGUGUUUGCAAGAGGUGUAUUCGGAAAAUGGACCAUCACUGCCCGUGGGUCAAUAACUGUGUAGGAGAGAAUAACCAGAAGUACUUUGUACUGUUUACAAUGUAUAUAGCACUGAUUUCUCUGCAUGCUUUAAUAAUGGUGGGAUUUCACUUCUUGUAUUGUUUUGAAGAAGACUGGACAAAAUGCAGUUCCUUCUCUCCACCAACUACAGUGAUUCUUCUCAUCCUCUUGUGUUUUGAGGCUCUCCUAUUUCUUAUCUUCACCUCGGUUAUGUUUGGGACCCAAGUACACUCCAUCUGCACUGAUGAAACGGGUAUUGAGCGUCUUAAAAAUCAGAAGCCAACCUGGGAGAAGAUCAGCGGCUGGGAAGGGAUGAAGCUGGCGUUCGGUGGUGCUUUCUCCUUGGGUUGGUUCAAUCCCUUUUCAAACCUGGACUGUGAACGCUCAGCACCGGCUGAAGCGACAUCAGCAGCUCCUGCAUCUGCAAUAAUGACCCAAGAAGAAAUCGAGCAGUUUCUUGCUAGAGAUGUUGCCAUCCCAGUGUUACAUGAAUAAGCAAAGCAUCCUCCAAGAUGUCAAGAGCAGCGUUCAGUUUUUGGUUUUAAUAACUACUUGGGUUGGAGAUUUAAGGGGUUGGUUUUUAACAUACUUUUGGUGCAUUGAAAAAUUCAGGAGUAUUUACCUGGAAGCCGGGUACAGCACUAGCAGAAGCAAUGCAAAUCUCCAGAGGAAGCUUUAUAAGUGAUGAGAUUCAUAAGCUCCUUUGCGGACCUGCGGCAACUACUUUAUUGAGUUUUUCUUACAUGGCCUUUAAGGAAAGUUUAUAAUUGUUGGAUCGGUCCCAGCUCCCAGAAAUGCACAGUUCUGAGGAGUCUGGUUAAUCUUUUGUUCUUACUACCUUUUGGAGGACUAAAUUAUAAGCCCUACGCAAUGGCCAGAUUAACCCAGAUAUAAAGGUUUUCUUGAAAAAUGCAUCCUUUCUAGCUCAUCCCCUAGAUGCUGCCUCUGGAUUAUGAAAGCUGCUGGUGCUCAGGUCAUAACAGAAGUGGGAUACUGGGCUACAGUCCCAGCAGACAGGCGAGCUCACCCUGGGUGUAGUUCCUUUGGGGUCCAAAAUAUCUCUGGGGUAAUUCUUAACCCUCUGGUCUCGCGGGGCUGCCCAAGACUGGUGGUACUUGGCUGAGCCACAUAAAGGCCAGCGAGCUUGGUGGUGAUGCCAAGCCAGCAGUAACUUUCAUCUGUGGCCAAUGCAGCCAAAGGCAGGCAAAUAUUGACCAGGUUGUUGAGCUGCUGGUUAGGGUAAGCUUUUGCCCAGGGACUGCGGUUUGUUAGCAUGUAGGACGUGUGAAGCGGGAGCUGCCUGGCCCAGAAAGCAGGCAGCUGGUCUAGGCCAGGCACUGGGCAUAUUUCUGUGGUCAAAAGAAGAGAGAGAUAUGAACACCCUGCUGAUGGAGGUACUGUCUCUCUCUACUUGACUUGUCUAAUUGAGAUGUCUCUUUCUUUUUUUGUGUGUCAUUUUCUUGAUAGCCAAAGUUAAUUGAGAAUUAAUAUUGCUUCUUCGUCUUACUGGGAUUUAACAUUAGUAUUUGCAAUUAUGCAGGAUUUCAUUACGCUAAAUGUGCAGCCAGCUCCUGGUGAACAUCGGUGAGUACAUAGAAGGGAACACGUUGACCAAGGAAGGUGUCGCUGCAGGUGGCAAUAGUUGUAGCAAAAUCAUGCAGAGGUGCUCUUAGCUGCUGCAUUCAAAAAUGCUGCAAACACUUGGCAUGCGUUAGGUGUCAGUUAGCAUAGUUCUAAUUUAGACUGGUUUUCAAGUUGUUUUUUUUUUACUUCUUGUCAUCUCCCUUAGCAGAAUUGUCAGUAAGAUUUCCAGGGUAUUAGAGACAUGCUCCUGUUUUUCCCGCCCAGGACAUGGCUUGACUUCUUCUCCCCCUCGCCUAUAACAUGGACCAAAGAUAAUUGCUUCCUCUCAAUGUAAGAGAAAGGAGUUUGGGGUUGAAGUAUGGUAUUGGGAAAGAGUUAGAUGAGGUUUUUAUAGAAGCAAUACCAAAUAGAUGAGAUUUUUAUAGAAGCAAUACCAAAUGGAAUUUAUGCAAGAUUUUUGUCGUCCAAAAAGCAUCUUAGCAUGUGUUAAUGGUGUGAUGUUCAGGGCUACUGUGAAGGAAUAAGAUUCUCUCCCGGAUUUGUCCUCUGCUGCAGCCUUCCCUUUUUAUGGGAACAAACUGAGUGCCAUGACUCUUAGGAGCACAGCUUGCUUAAACCUCAUCGGGGAUUUCCAAACAGUUGUUUCCUCCCAUAUCCCCUCUGGAUGUCUCCUCAUUUUCGGUAGAAAAUAGAUUUAGGAAAAAACAUUAGGACCUGUAUAUUUAUAAAAACAUUUUUGGUAAAGGGAAACACCCUGCACGUGGGAGGAAUUGAUGUGUCCUCUUGUGUUAUUUAGACAUGAGUUCUCGAACGUCAUUGCUCCGUGCAGCAGUGUGAUAGUGACAGAAGAAGCUCUCCUGCCCCUGCACCAGCCUGUGUUCCUCUCCAUCAGCAUCCCGCAGGAAAGGGACACCAGGGACAUACAGACAUCUAUAAGGGAUUUCCUAUAGCGAGCAAUAGCGAUGUUGAAGGAGGAAAAUGAAGAGUGCCCUUUUAAGCUCAGGUUUUCUAAUUCUGGCUUGCUGCUUGUCCUCCGUGUCCAGUGAAUGUCCCUGCCUGCAGUGCUCUGUCUGCAGAGUGGGAAUGGUGCUAUGAAGUCCUAGCGGGACAAACUAGUUGAUGGUUGAAAAUAGCCUUGAGGUAAGUGCAUGGGGACAUCAGCUUGGGCAAGACACCCUCGCCCUGCAUUCUGGUGGUGUUUCUCGGGACACAGAUUCCACUUAUGUGGCUGCAGGUAUGUGUGGAUGGAGGCAGCGUAUUUCCUCCUCCAUACACAAGCCUGGUUCACCUCAUCAUGAGGACAGGCAUCCUUCGCUGCUGUUUCCCACCUCUUGUGUUGCUCCUCAGGUGCUGGCAUUUCUAAGUGGUUUAUUUUAACAGCUGAACUGGAGAAGCAGUGUGAAGAGGUGGGUGAGAGCCAGAAGAGCCACCUCCCCUCAUCCCACAGUGCAUUUAUGGUUUGAGUGAGAGACAGGAACAUGUUUCUGUGUCCUAUGCAGAGCCAUAGGCAGCCGGCCCAGCCCCAGCUCUGAUGCCCCCUAAGAUCUGGCGGAGAGUAUCUUGUUUCUGUCUCAGUGCAGGGUGGCAGCUAUCAGAAAUAGCAAAAGUCUUCACAAGCUGGAAAAAUCUGUUAUAGCCACAGCUCUGGCAUAAGCCUCCUUCUUUAAUGACUACCUGCUAGCUUGAGUCCAAAUGUGAUUUUCAUGAAAUUGAAACCAAAUGCACUGUUUUCCUUCCCUCCAUGCAUCCCUUACCCCUUAUUAAAUUGUGCCUUCAUCUUCAGGCCAAGCUGCUAUGGUACUAGUCGGCUUGCCAGGCCCUGGGGAGGGUGGUCCUCCAGAAUACUAUGUGUGCUGCAGUCCAUUGGAGAUCCCAUUGCUGCUCUUGCACAAAGUGUUAAUGGACAGGGUCAUGGCUGAUGUGGAAAGUGUUCUUGUACUUCAUAUCUGGUGUCUUCUGCAGCAGAUUUUCUAUGCAAUUAAAGAAUUUACAUCUCUUGGAAAAAAAUAUUUUUUUUGCUGUUUGUAACUCCUUUUUAUGCCUCUGGUCACUAUUGUACUUAUUAAAGAACUAAU